AUGGCGCAAGCGAGUCCUAUCACUGACGUGACCCAGCGGUUAUUUGCGGAUCUGAAGUCGAAGAACGAUGAUAUCAAGGCCCGAGCUGCUUUCGAGCUCCACGACAAUGUGGUUGCCGUCUCUCGAGAUUGGCCCUCCGAGAAAUUCAACGAGUUUUACAACGCCGUCAGCCAGCGGAUUGCGCAGCUGGUGGUAACUGGCAGCGACGCCAAUGAACGAGUGGGCGGUCUCCUCGCGCUCGACCGACUGAUCGAUUUUGAUGGGGUGGAUGCUGCUCAGAAGACCACUCGAUUUGCCAGCUAUCUACGAAGCGCCCUUCGAAGCAACGAUAAUGCGGUGUUGGUGUGCGCAGCUCGAUCACUUGGACGGCUGGCCAAACCUGGUGGGGCACUCACGGCCGAGUUGGUUGAAAGCGAGAUCCAAUCCGCCCUGGAGUGGCUUCAGUCAGAGCGACAGGAAAGUCGACGAUUUGCAGCCGUCCUGGUAAUUCGGGAGCUAGCCAAGGGCUCCCCCACACUACUCUAUGGGUUCGUGCCUCAGAUUUUCGAACUGGUCUGGGUCGCACUUCGAGAUCCGAAAGUGCUCAUUCGAGAGACGGCUGCACAGGCCGUGGGAGAGUGCUUCGAGAUCAUCGUGGCCCGAGAUUCAUCUGUCCGCCAAUCAUGGUUCGCCAGAAUAUAUGAAGAAGCCUUACUGGGGCUGAAGUCCCACAAUAUGGAUUGGAUUCACGGAUCCCUCCUCAUUCUGAAGGAGCUGUUCCUCAAAGGUACAAUGUUCAUGAAGGAGCAUUAUCGAAAUGCCUGUGAAAUCGUAUUACGUCUUAAGGAUCACCGAGAUUCCAAGAUCCGCAACCAAGUCGUCCUCACAAUCCCCAUCCUUGCUUCCUACGCCCCUGCCGACUUCAUCGAAUCCUAUCUACACAAAUCCAUGGUUUAUCUUCAAGCCCAACUCAAGAGAGAGAAAGAAAGGAACGCGGCGUUCGUUGCUAUUGGCAAAAUUGCCAAUGCAGUGGGACCUGCCAUUAGCGGAUACCUCGAUGGAAUCAUCAUAUACAUCCGCGAGGGACUUGCAAUGAAGGCGAGAAACCGUGCGGGAGUUGAUGAAGCUCCCAUGUUCGAGUGUAUUAGUAUGCUUUCGCUGGCAGUCGGACAAACCCUCAACAGCCACAUGGAGCAGUUGCUUGACGCCAUUUUUGCAUGCGGUCUUAGCAAAUCACUGACGCAAGCCCUGGUCGAUAUGGCCCAUUACAUCCCUCCCAUCAAGCCCAUUAUCCAGGACAAACUUCUUGACAUGUUGAGUAUUAUACUCUGCGGCACAUCGUUCCGACCACUUGGCUGCCCUGAAAACCGACUCCCUCCUAUGCCGGCAUUUGCUAGGGAUUUUGGCCCCCAAGAAAGCUACUCCGAUGCCGAAAUUGCGCUCGCUCUUCACACACUUGGCAGCUUCGACUUCUCUGGUCACAUCUUGAACGAAUUUGUUCGUGACGUUGCGAUCAACUAUGUGGAGAAUGAUAAUCCCGAUAUCCGAAAAGCAUCGGCCCUCACAUGCUGUCAGCUGUUCGUGCAUGACCCGAUUAUCAACCAGACUAGUGGUCACUCAAUUCAAGUUGUCAGUGAAGUCAUUGACAAAUUGUUGACGGUUGGUAUCGGUGACCCGGACCCUGAGAUCCGACGCACGGUUCUCUGGUCUCUAGAUCGGAAGUUUGAUCGUCACUUGGCCCGCCCCGAAAACAUUCGUUGCUUGUUCCUAGCGGUUAAUGAUGAGGUCUUUGAAGUCAAGGAAGCUGCUAUCUGCAUCAUCGGUCGCCUGUCUAGCGUGAACCCAGCUUAUGUCUUUCCCCCACUGCGGAAGCUACUUGUCAACCUUCUUACUGGACUGGGAUUUGCGAACACUGCCCGCCAAAAGGAAGAGACUGCUCAGCUCAUCAGCUUGUUUGUCUCCAAUGCAACCAAGCUGAUCCGAUCGUACGUCGAUCCCAUGGUUACAGCACUGCUGCCCAAAACAACCGAUGGCAAUCCUGGCGUCGCCGCCACGACGCUCAAGGCUGUGGGAGAGCUUGCCAACGUGGGUGGUGGCGAGAUGAGACGCUACCUACCACAGAUCAUGCCCAUCAUUUUGGAGUCGCUUCAGGAUCUUUCCUCCCAUACCAAGCGCGAGGCAGCCCUACGGACCCUUGGGCAAUUGGCCGGAAACGCUGGCUAUGUGAUUGAUCCGUAUCUUGAGUACCCUCAUUUGCUUGACGUCUUGAUCAACAUCAUCAAGACAGAGCAAACAGGUUCUUUGCGGAAAGAGACCAUCAAGCUCGUGGGUGUGCUUGGUGCUUUGGAUCCUUACAAGUACCAGCAGAUCAGUGAUGUGGAGCCCGAUGUUCACCAUAUCAAUGAGGUUCAAAAUGCCUCGGAUGUUGCCUUGAUCAUGCAGGGUCUUACUCCAUCUAACGAGGAAUACUACCCCACGGUGGUCAUCCAUACAUUGCUUCAGAAUAUCCUGAAAGAAAAUUCGUUGGUUCAAUACCAUUCGGCAGUCAUUGAUGCGAUCGUUACCAUUUUCAAGACACUGGGCUUGAAGUGUGUUCCAUUCCUGGGACAGAUUGUUCCCGCAUUCAUUUCGGUCAUCAGGAGCUCCCCUGCUAGCCGACUCGAAUCUUAUUUCAACCAGAUGGCUAUUUUGGUUAACAUUGUGCGUCAGCACAUUCGUGCAUUCUUGCCGGAGAUCAUUGACGUGAUCCGUGAAUUCUGGGAUGCGUCAUACCAGGUACAGGGUACGAUCUUGGCCUUGAUCGAGGCUAUUUCAAGGUCCUUGGAGGGAGAGUUCCGGAAGUACCUAGCUCGCCUGAUCCCCCUCAUGCUAGACACGCUUGAGAAGGACACCACACCACGCCGUCAGCCGUCGGAGAAAAUUCUUCAUGCCUUGCUAAUAUUCGGCAGUAGUGGGGAAGAGUACAUGCAUCUCAUCAUUCCUGCUAUCGUACGUCUCUUUGAACGACCGCAGAAUCCGCAGAGCAUUCGUAAGUCUGCCAUUGACAGCUUGACGAAACUGUCGCGCCAAGUCAAUGUCUCCGACUUCGCUUCCCUCAUGGUCCAUUCUUUGUCGCGAGUCGUGGCCACUGGCGACCGCGUCUUGCGUCAAACUGCUAUGGACUGCAUCUGUGCCCUCAUCUUCCAGCUUGGCCAGGACUUUACACACUACAUCCAUCUCUUGAGCAAGGUUCUCAAGCAGCACCAGAUCACUCACGUCAAUUAUCAGAUCUUGGUGACAAAGCUUCAGAAGGGCGAUCCACUUCCGCAGGACCUCAACCCCGAGGAGAACUAUUCAUUCCCCUCCGAUGAUACGAAUUUCGCGGAGAUUGGACAGAAGAAGAUCGUUGUUAACCAGCAACAUCUCAAGAAUGCCUGGGAUGCUUCGCAAAAGUCCACCCGUGAAGAUUGGCAAGAAUGGAUUCGACGCUUCAGUGUUGAACUCCUGAAAGAAUCGCCCUCGCCUGCAUUGCGAGCAUGCGCCAGCUUGGCAGGUAUUUACCAGCCGCUGGCCAGAGAUCUUUUCAACGCUGCGUUCGUGUCUUGCUGGACUGAGCUGUACGACCAGUAUCAAGAAGAACUGGUCCGCUCCAUUGAGAAGGCCCUUACGUCGCCGAACAUCUCGCCGGAAAUAUUGCAGAUUCUCCUCAACCUUGCGGAAUUCAUGGAACAUGAUGACAAAGCUCUCCCCAUCGAUAUCAGAACUCUGGGCAAGUAUGCCGCUAAGUGCCAUGCUUUCGCCAAGGCCCUGCAUUACAAGGAACUCGAGUUUGAGCAAGAUCAAAACUCCGGCGCUGUCGAAGCUCUGAUAACCAUCAACAAUCAGUUGCAGCAAUCCGACGCAGCAAUUGGUAUUUUGCGAAAGGCACAGGCAUACCGUGAUGUCGAGCUAAAGGAAACAUGGUUCGAGAAGCUGCAGCGCUGGGAUGAAGCUCUGGCUGCCUACAAACGACGCGAGAAGACUGAUCCGGAUUCCUUCGGCAUUACCAUGGGCAAGAUGCGCUGUCUGCACGCUCUCGGUGAAUGGAAGGUUCUGUCCGAUCUUGCGCAAGAGAAGUGGAACCAGGCAUCGUUGGAGCACCGCAGAGCCAUCGCUCCACUUGCUGCAGCCGCAGCAUGGGGUCGUGGCCAGUGGGAGCUGAUGGAUUCGUACCUGGGUGUCAUGAAAGAACAGUCCCCCGACCGAUCGUUCUUCGGCGCCAUCCUUGCCAUCCAUCGCAACCAGUUCGAUGAGGCGAACAUGUACAUCGAGAAAGCGCGGAAUGGCCUUGAUACCGAACUUUCGGCCUUGCUUGGAGAGUCAUACAACCGGGCAUACAACGUGGUUGUCCGCGUUCAGAUGCUUGCUGAACUGGAGGAGAUCAUCACCUAUAAACAACACGUUGGUGACCCCGAGAAGCAAGAAGCCAUGCGUCAAACUUGGAACCAGCGCUUGCGAGGAUGUCAGCAAAACGUAGAAGUGUGGCAGCGUAUGCUCAAGGUCAGGGCUCUGGUUACUGCGCCUCGCGAGAAUCUGGACAUGUCCAUCAAGUUCGCCAAUCUCUGCCGCAAGUCCAACCGCAUGGGCCUUGCCGAACGGUCCCUCGCAUCUCUGGAGACAGUCAUCCGUGAUGCCAAUGGCACGCGCACCAUUGUACCUCCUGAGGUGAUCUAUGCUCGAUUGAAGUUCCGUUGGGCCAAUGGAAACCAGCAUGAAGCCUUUGAUGAGUUGAGACGAUUCAACAUGGAACUCAGCGAGGACCUUUCCAAGUUCAAUACCCUCCUCGCCUCGCAAAACGAGAAUCAUGGCAUGAAUGGUGUCAACGGCAUGGCAGACCCCAACCACCCGGAUGCCGUCAGCCUGCGCGAGCGGGUCGGAGAUGCCGCAAAAUCCAGAAAACUUCUCUCCAAGAGCUACCUCAGACAGGGAGAAUGGCAAAGAACUCUCCAAAAGGCGGAAUGGAAACUUGACAAUGCUCAAGAUGUCCUUGGCGCCUACUCAGCGGCCACACAGUACAACCGCGAUUCCUACAAGGCUUGGCACGCUUGGGCUCUUGCAAACUUUGAAGCUGUGCAGACCAUCGAAAGCGAUAUCCAAAAAGCCAAAGCAGCCAAGGAUGAAGAGAAGAAGUCGUAUUUGCCGCCUCCCAAGUAUGUACAUGACUAUGCCAUCCCUGCCAUUCGUGGUUUCUUGCGGUCAAUCGCUUUGUCUUCAGCAUCCUCCUUACAGGACACACUGCGAUUGUUGACCCUGUGGUUCGCACACGGUGGCGACCAUGAAGUCAACACCGUUGUCACCGAAGGCUUCACCACAGUCAACAUUGACACUUGGCUUUCUGUCACACCGCAACUUAUCGCUCGGAUCAACCAGCCCAACAUCAGAGUCCGUGGUGCAGUUCACAGACUCCUCGCUGAGGUUGGCAAGACACAUCCUCAGGCUCUGGUGUAUCCUUUGACAGUUGCCAUGAAAUCCAAUGUUGCCCGACGCUCACAGUCUGCGAGCAAUAUCAUGGAAAGUAUGCGCCAGCACAGCGCCAAACUUGUCGAACAAGCCGAUCUCGUUAGUCAUGAAUUGAUCCGAGUCGCUGUGUUGUGGCAUGAGCUGUGGCACGAAGGUCUGGAGGAGGCGUCGCGUCUCUACUUCGGUGAUCAUAAUGUCGAGGGCAUGUUUGCAACACUUGCACCUCUUCAUGACAUGCUCGACAAGGGUGCCGAGACUCUUCGCGAAGUUUCAUUUGCCCAAGCCUUCGGACGCGAUCUAGCGGAAGCUAAACAUUACUGCAUGCUCUACCGACAGACAGAGGAAAUUGGCGAUCUGAACCAAGCUUGGGACCUUUACUACACUGUGUUCCGCAAGAUUAGCAGACAGCUCCCGCAAUUGUCGAUCCUUGACCUAAAAUACGUCUCUCCUCGCCUGAAGGAUUGCAACGGUCUGGACCUCGCUGUGCCUGGAACGUACCAGAGCGGUCGACCGAUUAUUUGCAUCGUCAGCUUUGAUCCGAUCUUACAUGUCUUGCAGACGAAGAAGCGACCAAGACGUAUGACUCUCACAGGCAGCAAUGGUCUCUCCUACAUGUAUGCACUCAAGGGCCACGAAGAUAUUCGACAAGACGAGAGAGUCAUGCAGCUCUUCGGGCUGGUCAACACUCUUCUGGACAACGAUAGCGAAAGCUUUAAACGCCAUUUGUCCGUUCAGCGUUUCCCCGCUAUCCCGUUGUCGCAGAACUCUGGCCUACUCGGAUGGGUGUGCAAUAGUGAUACCCUGCAUGCUCUCAUCAAGGAGUAUCGUGAAAGCCGCCGCAUUCUCCUCAACAUUGAGCAUAGGAUCAUGCUUCAGAUGGCUCCGGAUUAUGACAGCCUCACGCUCAUGCAGAAGGUUGAGGUCUUCGGAUACGCCAUGGACAAUACUACCGGCAAAGAUCUCUAUCGGGUCUUGUGGCUCAAGAGCAAGAGCUCCGAAGCCUGGCUUGAGCGACGCACCAAUUACACCCGAUCCCUGGGUGUUAUGUCCAUGGUUGGUUAUAUCCUUGGUCUGGGUGAUCGUCAUCCUUCCAACUUGUUGCUUGACCGCACGACUGGCCGUGUGGUUCAUAUCGAUUUCGGUGAUUGUUUCGAAGUGGCCAUGCACCGCGAGAAAUAUCCCGAACGGGUUCCCUUCCGCCUGACUCGUAUGUUGACAUUCGCCAUGGAAGUAAGCAACAUUGAGGGAAGCUACCGCAUUACGUGCGAGGCCGUUAUGCGUGUUCUUAGGGAGAACAAGGAUUCCCUCAUGGCUGUUUUGGAAGCCUUUAUCCACGACCCCUUGAUCAAUUGGCGCUUGGGUGCGCAAGAGUCCCCUGAUCGAUCGACUCUGACCGCCGAACGUCGCCAGUCACUCAUCGAGGGACUCAAUUUCGAGCAUGGCAUGCAACAAAACAGCGUGUCUCGCCCCCGCCGACCAUCAAUCAUGGACGGUGGCAUUCUCGAUAUCCAGGACGGCGGCACUGAAGCUCGCGAGGCACAGAACGCUCGCGCUCUCCAGGUCCUAGCCCGAGUCAAGGAGAAGCUAACUGGUGCUGAUUUCAGACAGAAAGACGAACUGAAUAUCAGUGACCAGGUGGACAAGCUUCUCGCGCAGGCCACCAGUGUGGAGAACAUCUGUCAGCACUGGAUCGGUUGGUGCAGUUUCUGGUAA